UAUAGGAAAUGAACGCAGAAUCAAGAAGCUGCUGCAGAAAUCACUUCCAUUCGCCAUAAAGCGUCGGACUGUUUGGUCGCACGCAGUGGGAUCAAGCACCCGACAACCUCCAUCUCUAGCGCGGCGCGCUAUCUAUGCAGAGCUGACGUCAUGCCAUUCCUACGUCAUCAGGAAAGAGAAGGAGAAAAGGAGAAAUCACCGAAUAAUUGCUCUUUACUUUCAAUGUCAAAGAUCUGCAAAUCUCGUAUAUGUUCAUCGCCGCUGGUCCGUACCCGCCACACUGCACCGUUUCGUGCGGUGCGGGAGAGCUCGCGAGCGGUGCUGCACUGGGGCAGUCGGUCAUCGCAGCACUUCCCGACCCGUUCCUGCCUUCGGUUCGGCCACUCUCAGACUCUCCUCUGUAGUACGGCACCUCUACCCGGAUUCAUUCCACGUCGAGGCAACACCAAACCGCCCCGUUUCAUCCCAACGUUUUCUCGCACGCUUGAGAUAGCAGGCAUGGUCGGACACCAACAAUUAUCGACGAUUUUGCUAUCACAAUCGUAUGAGCAGAUUCAAAAGACAUCAUGAUUUUUCUCGCGACAGGGUUUUUUUAAAGAAGGGAGGAAAUCACCAUUCGAUAAUAUGUCGAAGAGUUAUCAAGAUCACAAACCUUUGCUUUUGGCAAGGUCCAUCGAAAAAAAUACGAGUUCUUUUAUCUGAGAAGGAUCAGCGAUAACCAACUUUCGCCGCAUCGAAUGUUUGCCGCUAAGAAAGGUUAGUGAUGUAAUCCCUAAACUGUCCAAUCUAGAAUUUAUACUACGCAUGUAAACAAGGUGGACACUCGUAUGACCAUGUAAGACUUGUUCCAUGACUAGGAUCCUCUAUGACAUGAAACAUGAGCUCGUUUCCUACAUGAAGCGAGGUCCACUAUGACCCAGUGGUCUUCCCAUCAGGGGUCAUCUCCAGUAAAGCAGUUCAACUGGAGUUCAUCCAGUGCUGCAAUAUGUCAAGAGUUCCUCCAAGCAGAUGAGAAGAAAUUCAUAGAAAAAGAAGUACUUCCCGGCUUCUCAUCGUGGGCUCAAAACCUGGACUACCGUUUACCUCCUAUAAUAAGGUCGAUAUUUCAGCUACGCGGGAACAUAUUACCACUUAGCUGUUCUAUGACAAUGUGGAAAUUAUCACGUUCGUCUUAUAUUGGUUUUUCAGUUUCCAUGGAACCGGUAUCAACAAAGUUUUGGCCUGCUAAGAUUUCCGAACAUUUAAGAGAACUUUAUGCGCACGACCAGACUCCGUUGUUGAUGCUUCAAUCUUGUCUAGGUCCCUUAACACAUCAACUUACAUCGUCGCAAGGAGGAAGAGUAACUUGCGUUUCAUCAACUCCCGAGGGAAGAAAGGUAGGGCAUUUCCAUUCCUUUCUGACGCAAUUAAUGUCCCGGCCAGGACAUGAUAUGGAAGAUGAGAAGUCUCACAAUCGAGUCGACGCGAAUUCUUCCUAGUCAACUGAGUACACUUUUCGGUCUAUAAUGAAUCUGAACUUUCUGUGGAAAUAAUUUCAGCCGAUCGUCGAUGUGGAUGAUACUUAUGGUAGUAAAUAUCGAUGGUACAACUCGGCCAUUCUAGAGUAAGAUGCACUCCUCUUCACAACCCAGGAAUACAGUAAUGCUAGACAAUCUUCUCUCCCUCGUCAAUCUUGAAGGUUUCUUUCAGCACAGAUAAAGAAAGAGUCGAGGUCACCGCAAUGUCCAUGGGAAGAUUUCCACCGGUGUAGAAUCGCAUCAACGCAUCUUCCAGAAGAGAUACAACCUCGCAGCAGAAGAUUCCUUCGGAAAACUCCCGGCGGGAGUGCACUGCGGGCUCGCGAUGGCGCCUUGAGAAAUCUCGACCCGCUCUCAUGCUGUCAUACGCAGAUCUGCUCACCUAGAUUCAAUGAUAGCAGUGCCGUAGAUGUGCAGCAGGGAGAACUACAAUAUGAUUCACAAAUACAGGACGAUGCUCGCGUAGUGGUUAGCGGUUGGGUGCAAUUCCGAGCAAGUGGGCCGAGGUAUAUAUCCGUGUGCCAGCUACCAGAUAAAAGGAAAAGGGAAAAGGUUCUGAACAGCUUGGACUGGACUGGAGCAUUUGGACGAUUUCACCCCUCGCCGCAAUGCAUCCUUCGUUCCAGUCCACAGUCCUCU